AUGAGACCUGUCUCUGGACUUGUUCUCAUCUCCUUAAUUGUUACAGCAUACAACGCUGAAGCAUUCAGUAAGUGUGUUCAUUAAUUCAUACGUUCUUUAGGAAUCUACAAGCGUCAGGACGGUAUUGAGAGCCAAUUCCGAAUUUUAAGCCAACCAGAGGAAGAAGGCCUGACCAAGCAAAAGAUAGCCGAAACAACCGUCACCUCCAUCCCUGAUGAUCAGCCAGAGACCGAUUUCAGCCAAGGCUUAACCAAGCAGACCCGAAGAGAGCCAGUUGCUGACUCUUCUAGCAAGACCCCCAAAUUGGACUUGCCUCUUCCCUAUCCCCUCGGCUACGGGACAAGGCCUCAUGAUGGGGAACAUAUCACUCCUGGCCAGCAACAACUUCCAAUGUAUCCCCACGGAAUCAUGGCCAAAUUGCCUUUGGCUUGGCCAAUUGGUUACGGGAUUGGCCCACAUGAUGGUCCACUUGAGUUGAGCCCAGAAGAAGAAGCAAAAGUCCGCAAGAUGCUACCAUAUCCAAUCGGAUCCAAAAAUGGAGGCAAACAUGGUCCUCUAGCCUUGACCACGGGCGAGGAGAGGGCUGUCCUAAAUAUCCUUCCUGCACCCGUUGGUUUCGGAGAUAACGGAGCUUCUCUUGGACUUUCUUCGGAGCAAAUCCACAACAUCCGUAUGAAGUUCGAUGAGGCUAUCAACGAAUCAACGAAGCUGUUGCAAAACAAAAGCGAUGAAAGAAAAUCAGAAGUCAGGUCCCGGCACCCAAAUCAAUCAAGAUGCCGUGGAGAAAAACGUAAAUUCCCAGCCAUCUCUCCUUGAUGUCCUAGCCAAGGUUAAUUUUGAAAAUCCUGAAGUGGGGAAAACUCCUGGCGGAAACUCAAUUAAAACCCAAACCGAAGGUAUCCACGUCCUAGAUAGCAGGUCUAUCCAAAAAGGCCUUGGGUCAGAGGAGUCAAGCAGUGAGGAAGAACUUCUGCCUAAAUCUAAAGAAACUGAUCUCAACAGUGCCUCUGAUAUUACUGAGUCGAAGUCUAAAGACCAACCAAACAAAGUCAAGCAGACUGAUGGUUCAUCUGCUACCACUUCCCAAUUGAACUUGCCUCUCCCAUACCCCCUUGGAUACGGAACUGGCCCACACGAUGGAAAAGGAGUUGUUGACAAUAAGAAACCCCUUCCAUUGUCCCCUAGCGGCAUCAUGGCUAAGUUGCCUCUGGCCUGGCCAAUUGGCUAUGGAACCGGUCCUCAUGAUGGUCCACUCGAAUUGUCUACAGCGGAAGAGAAAAGACUCAGACAGAUCAUCCCUUAUCCAAUUGGAACUUCGAAUGGCAGAAAAACGACCGAUCCAUUGGUCCUCUCGCCUAAAGAAGAACGGGAGAUCCUAAACGUGCUCCCCGAGCCUGUUGGAACCGGCGAUGAUGGCACUGCUUUGGGACUUUCUUCGGACCAAGUCCAUCAGAUCCGGAUGCAAUUCGAUUCGGCUAUCAAGGCGGCUAAGAAGUACUUGAACCAGGAGAAUUCUGCUGUUCAGGGUGAUUCCGGAAAGUCCUCUAAAGACAGCAACAAGCCAGUGGUCGGACAAUACAAAAGCCCUGGCGACAGCUCCUUCUGA